AUGAGAUUCUCGACCGCCUGCGUGGCCGCCGCCACCUUGUCGGCCGGCCUCGCCUCCGCCAGAGGGGGCUGGUUGGGCGGCUUCUCCUCGUCCCAGGACGUCAGCGCCAGCGACGCUGAGAAGGUGCCCGGCGAUUCGCCGCUGGAGCUCUGCGACAUGGACCACAGCAACGACCUCGUCAAGAUCGACAGCGUCGACCUGUUCCCGAACCCGCCUGCAGCCGGCGAAAUCCUGUCCAUCAAAGCGUCCGGCACCGUAGUCGAGACCAUCGAGGACGGCGCCACCGUCAACCUGGUCGUCAAGUACGGCCUGAUCCGCCUCGUGAACACCAAGGCCGACCUGUGCAAGCAGAUCAAGAACGUCGACAUGGAGUGCCCCAUCGAGAAGGGCGACGUGUCUAUCACAAAGGAGGUCGAGAUCCCCAAGGAGGUCCCACCGGGAAAGUACAAUGUCUACGCCGAGGUCGUCAGCAAGGACAACAAGCCCAUCACCUGUCUGCAGGCUACUGUCACGUUUGGUGGCAGCAAGAGGGAGGUUGUGAACGACCUGUAG